AGGCAUGUCAUGUACUCUACUGUGACAUUACUGCCUGCAUCACCCACUCUCCUCUCAUCGUCCCUCUAAAUAUGCAGCACAAAUAUGAAAAUAACAAUCAAUAAAAUUAAAAAUAGCUUACCCUUUUCUUAAAAAAAAUAAAAAUAAUAACAACUGUGAUAUAUAUUUAGUAAAAAUAUUUUUUUUAUUUUACAAAUUAAUUGAUGUCAUCAUGUAUGAUAAUUGUAAAUCUUUUUUUUUCCCCAAAUUGAUGUCCAAAAUAAUCAAUCAAUGUAUAGAUGGACAUCGUUACCAUUACUAAAUAACCAAAUAUCUCUAAUCCCUCUGUGUCCCCUCCACCACCAACUAUUUUUCCUUCUCCAAUUUGGGGCCUUUGAUUUUUACCUCCGGUUCCAUAGCCUUGUUUUUUGUGGGUGCUGCACACAUUUUUUUUUUGAAUUUUUUUUUUAAGGAAAAAGGGGUAUAUUUCCUUGGAUUUACACCCACACCAAACGAUGGGUGCCUGCUGUUCUACGCAAUUCAAGUACAAAGGUAGACGGUAUGAAAAAGAAGGAUCAGAUGAAAAAGAGGAUGAGGGGCACCAUCGAGACCACAACAUCAACAAUGAUGACAAUAGCGCCAAUGUUACCAGGAUUGGACAUGCGGGGGCUAUUGUUAGAUUGCAAGGCUCCUCCUCCUUGACCUCAAUGUACACUCGCAAGGGCAAGAAGGGGAUCAACCAGGACGCUAUGACCGUUUGGGAGAACUUUACGGGGGAAAAGAAUGUGUUCUUCUGCGGUGUAUUUGACGGUCACGGUCCAUCGGGUCACAAGGUUGCACGCUACGUAUGCGAUGCCUUGCCAUUGAAGCUUUCGACAAUGCAUCAGCCUCGGCCCAGCGCUAAGAAGGAGGGCGACAAGGACAGCAGUCACAAGCAUUGGGAGGCAAGUUUGAUUAGAACUUUCCAAGAAUUGGAUGAAGAUCUUAGCAUGGAAGAUUCCCUUGAUAGUUACUGCAGUGGCACCACGGCCGUAACCAUUGUUAAGCAGGACCAACACUUGAUCAUUUCGAACUUGGGGGAUUCUCGAGCGAUUCUUGGCACCAGGGACAACAAAAACCAAAUCAUUCCAGUCCAACUCACAGUCGAUUUGAAACCUAGUUUACCGAGUGAAUUGGAAAGAAUCCAGAAGAACGGUGGCAGAGUAUUCGCAAUGGAAGAAGAACCGAAUGUACCGAGAGUGUGGAUGCCCGACCAAGAUUGCCCCGGUCUAGCUAUGUCGAGAGCUUUCGGGGAUUUCUGCCUCAAGGAUCAUGGACUUAUCUCUACACCUCAAGUUUCUUAUAGAAGGCUUACUCCCAAAGAUGAAUUUGUAGUGUUGGCAACUGAUGGGGUGUGGGAUGUGCUUUCAAACAACGAGGUGGUACAAAUAGUAGCCUCAGUAAAGAGACCAUCUAUAGCAGCAAAAGUACUGGUUUAUUAUGCAGUUCAAGCAUGGAGAACCAAGUACCCGGGUUCUAAGGUCGAUGACUGCGCGGUUGUUUGCUUGUUCCUCAAGAAACGACCUUCGGUAUCGGGAACGUUAUCAGAUAUCAGCCAGCAGACCGCAAGUCACGUCAAUGGGGUGGAUCCGAAAGGCAAGAAAACGGAAGAAGGGGAGACUGUGAUUAAUUGUGACAUAGUGGUGGAUCCAAAGGCGCUUGAAGAAGUAAAUAGAAUAAAUGGGAACACCAUCAAGCAGCGUUCUCGGCUUGGCAGUUUGAGUAGGGACAAAAUAACUACGGAUUUUGGUGGACAAACCCAAAGUUAAUAUGUAAAAUAUAGUAAAAAAAAAUCUCAAAUAUUAUUCCAAUGAUUUUCGGAAUUUGGCACUCAAAGUUUAAUUUAAUUUUGAUUAUUGAGAAUUUUAUGAUCUUCUUUUAUUAAUAAUGAAAUUAUCAUAUUUUUAUAAA